AGAUAAGCAUUGACCGUAUUCUCCCGUGGUCGGCCUCGAGAUAAAUGCAAGCGACGCGGCGAGGAGAUGGGGCAGAAAGCAGUGAGAUGGUUGAGAUGAAACGCAGAAGAGGCAGCGGAAAGAGAAGCCCUUCGGUUUCUUUGGCUAUUAUCUGCAUGAUAGCUGCCUACAUCGCCACCCUCUCCUUCGCCCAGCCCGAUCUCAGCUCCCAGCUUCCAACCAACAAUGGUUAUGAAGGUCAGAACAGUGGAAAGCCAUGGCCUUGCUGCAAUAGGUGCGGUGGGUGUACGAGGUUCAUCCCGCCGGAAUGCCAGUGCUGGGAUCUCACCAGGGCCUGCCAUCCCCGGUGCAAAGAAUGCGUUCGAUCACCACUUAGCGUGGAGCCACCCCUCUACCAGUGCAUGGACCGCAUCGCCGACUACUGUAAGAUCCCAUGCAAGUCGCCGACGAGAAGCAAUGUGUGAUGACCAAUGCGUUGUUGCUUUGUUUUAAUUUGUGAUCAUUUGAUCCAUUUGAUAUCUUAAAUUAACAAAAAUUUGCAUACGCUUUCGUUUAAGGCUGUACUGGGUACUCAGGAUUUGGUUGCUUAGACUAAAGAUGACUCAAAAAUUCGGUUGCUUAGACUAAAGAUGCUUCAAAAAACGGCCCAUCAUAGGUGCCUUUUUUUUUGUUGA